ACCUGGAUUUGUCAAACCAGAUAAAAGUGUUGACCGCUCUGUUGUGCUUCUCUCUCUCUCUCUCUCUCUCUUUCUCCGCAGAGUGCCGUCUUCUAUGGCACAGUGAAAACUGGAUACACCAUCGGGCAUAGUUUGUCUCUCAUUGCUCUGAUAGUGGCCAUGAUGAUUCUCUGCGUCUUCAGGAAGUUGCACUGUACCCGGAAUUAUAUCCACAUGCAUCUAUUUAUGUCCUUCGUCCUUCGUGCGGUGGCCGUCUUCGUCAAAGACUUCAUUCUCUUCGAAAGCAGAGAAUCAGAGUACUGCUCCAUAAGCUCGGUGGGUUGCAAAGCUGCAAUGGUGUUUUUCCAGUACUGCAUCAUGGCUAAUUUCUUCUGGCUUCUGGUUGAGGGCUUGUACCUUCACACCCUCCUGGUCAUCUCCUUCUUUUCGGAGAAGAAAUACUUCUGGUGGUACAUUGUCAUAGGCUGGGGUGCGCCGAUGCUGUUCAUCUUGGCCUGGACCGUCACGAGGAUACACUAUGACAACAAGGGUUGCUGGGAUUUAAUCGAAUCUCCAUACUGGUGGAUUAUCAAAGCUCCCAUUUUGGUCUCUAUACUGGUCAACUUUGUACUCUUUAUUUGUAUCAUCCGGAUCCUGGUUCAGAAGCUUCACUCUCCGGAUGUCGGGCGGAACGAAACAAGCCAAUAUUCGAGACUAGCCAAAUCCACUCUUCUUCUGAUUCCUCUGUUUGGUAUCCAUUACACCGUAUUCGCCUUUUUUCCGGACACGGUCAAGAAAGAAGUGAUGAACGUCAAACUGGUCUUCGAACUUGUUUUGGGGUCCUUCCAGGGCUUCGUGGUCGCGGUGCUGUAUUGCUUCGUCAACGGGGAGGUUCAAGCCGAAAUGAAACGCAAAUGGCGCAGGUGGCAUAUGGAACGCUUCCUGGGUUCGGAUACGAAGUAUCACCACCCGUCUGUUGGCAGCAGUGGCACCAAUUUCACCACCCAGAUCUCGAUGUUGGCUACCUGCAGCCCCAAAACUCAACGCAGCUCCACUUUUCAAGCUGAAAAAUCUCUGGUUUGAAACGCAGAAGCCGGAAACCGCCCAGGCGAGCGGAAGCUUGCAAGCAACGGGAUUUGGGAGUCAAGUAUUUGGCAUUAUUAUUACCAUUUAUUAUUUUUAAAGCUUUUUUUUUUUUUUUGCAAGCAGAACUGGGACAAAAUUCUGGGGGCCCAGAGACUCAGAACAAGAAAAGUUAAGCCUGGAUUAAUUCCUCUUCCUUUUUCCCCACCUGGAAUCGAAGGGGUUUGUUUGAUGUUUUGAAGGCCGAGACUGCCGGAAGUGGUUCUUUGAAAGCGUCUCCGGAGCUGGCUGGAAUGGACAGGAAGGAAUGGAAAAAUCAGCUGUGAAAAACAGAAUCGUUUCGCUGAUGUGGUGGCCUACUUGGGUCAUGAAAUGCCUGCAAGAAAGCAACUGAGAGCACCAAGGACCCCACAGUCCUCCUCCUCCUCCUCCUUCCUCUUCAUUUUCCUUCUCCUCCUCUCUGCAAACCCCGCUCCCUUCCG